CCGUUGGAAUGACAAGGUUGUAACUGUCAUUUUUGGUGAAAUUGAGGUUAUGAGCUCAUUACAUUGAUUUGACUCUCAAGAACAUAAAAAACUGACUUUCAACGCGAUCUGACGGAUAUUGGCCGAGAUAUCAAUUUGACAAAGUUCUAUCUGCAAGGCAUUCCACACAUUGUUUAUUUUGACAAGGUUCUAACUCACACAGACGCCCACUGCUACUUCCGCUUGUCUUGUCUCGUGGUGUUUGUAUUCAUUUCAAUUUGUUUAAUGGUGAAAACGUUUUAAAAUGGAUGAAAUAUCUGAUUUAGAGAGUACUUGUGAUUUAUUUAGCGAUGUAGGAGAUAGUGAUGAUUUUAUUUUUCCAACUUCAGAUGAAAGUUCUGAUGAUGACAUCUUUGAGCUACGUAAGAGAAAGAAGAGUUUCAAAUCUAAAAAGAAGAAACAGGCUUGUCUCCAAGUUGAACAAUACACAUGUAAUGCUACAACCAACUCUUCCAAAUCUGCAGCAGAAGUUGGGAGCAAUAAUAAUAAUGAGAAUCAAAAGGAAAAACAAAUUUUUGAGGAAGCGAACAACCAUGUUAAUAUUUCCAACACCCCAAAUAAAAACAGGGAGCAUGAAGAUCUCGUUAUUUAUACACCAAAGAAAAAUGUGAGGAAGAAAGUUCCCAAUCCUUCAAAGUGGAAAUGUAAUAUAACGAAAAAAGCACAUCAAUCUGGCAAGGAAUACACCAGUAGAAGAGGAAAAUUUGUACAAUCCAAGACUGUGAAAAACACAAAAGACUGUAUCUCAUCAUGUAGAUUUAAGUGUGCUUCGAAAGUAAGUGAUGAAGAAAGAACAGAUAUACAUUUGUCAUUUUACACACUCCAAAAUGCUACAGAGAAAAGACAUUUUAUUCUCAAUACGACAUCUAGAUCAUUAACUGCAAGACCAAAGAAAGUUGGAUUAGUGAUUAGUGAUGACAGUGCAUCCGAAGCUAAUAACAGUUCUGAACAAAUCUCUAGGAGAAAAUACUCAUUCAAAUACUACUUACAUGUAAAAAGUGAGAAGGUUGAGGUGUGUAAGAAGUUUUAUUUAGGUACUUUAGCUAUCUCCCAAAAGCCAAUAUACACAGCUCAUAAAACAAAAGACCCCAAAACAAACAAUCCCACUUCAGACAAACGAGGAAAAAAUAUACUCAGUCGAAGAAAACCAGAAGGUGAUGCAGACUUUUGCCGAGAGCACAUAAAAUCAUUUCCCUGCAUUGAGUCUCAUUAUUGCCGUGCCCACACUAAGAGGUCUUACUUAGGUGCAAAUCUGAGUGUUUCUAAAAUGUAUGAACUAUAUGUAAAUAAAUGUAAAGAAUUAGAUGUUAAGAGUGUCAGAAAAUCGAUGUAUUAUAGGAUAUUUGCAACAGAGUUUAACUUGGGAUUUCAUGUACCUAAAUCUGACCGGUGCGACGUAUGUGAAAGUUAUAAUGUAUCAAAGAAGCAAGGAGAACUGACAGAAGAAAUAGAGCGAGAUUAUGAACACCACCAGUUAUUAAAAACACACAUGAGAGAUACAAGAAAAAAGGAAAAACAAAAUAAAAAUCAAACGCCUGUUUUGUUGUUUGAUUUACAGAAUGUGAUACUUACUCCUCAUGCAGACAUCAGCAGCUUAUUUUAUUUAAGAAAAUUGUCAGUAUACAAUCUUACUGCUUAUUUUACUGUGACUAAAAAAGUGUACUGUGCUUUGUGGCCAGAAACGCUCUCAGGCCGUGCAGGGAAUGAUAUUGCCAGUGCUUUAAGAAAAAUUCUUGAUGUUGUAGUGGAUGAAAACGAAUUGACUGAAUUGACAUUGUGGAGUGACUCUUGUGUUCCACAAAACAAAAAUUCGAUCAUGUCAAAUGCGAUUCUUGAUUUUCUAAGAGAGAACAAACAGAUUAAUAAUAUUAAAAUGAAGUACUCAUUGCCCGGUCAUUCUUGUGUUCAAGAAGUAGACAAUGCUCAUAGUGCAAUUGAAAAGGCCAUGAGCAAAACGGAUUUUUUUUCGCCUAUUGGUCUGAUAAGAGUUUUGAAAUCUAUCAACUCAAACAACCCGUAUAAAAUAAUUCAAUUAAAACAAGAAGACUUCAAGGAUUAUGCUGCCACAUCAAAACUACUCAAUUACAGGACAGUGCCAUUCUCUAAAGUUGCAGAAUUAGAAUUCACACAACAACACAGCAUCAUAAAAUAUAAAACUUCUCACGAUCCAUUGGAGCCCCAGAACUGUGGAAACUUGAGGUUUGUGGAAACACCAUCCAGGAAAGCAAAAAAUAAGAAAAAUCAGUCACCCACAGCUGCAGGCAUCUCAGUAUUUGAA